ACCUGCCAUCGCGGGGACGCCUGAGCCCAGCGGGCUGUUCCCCGCGCCGCCUCUUUGUGCCUGUCUUCGGCCUGGGCCGGGGUGGCCUCGAGCGCCCCUGGCCUUGGGGCAGUCCUAGGAAUGAGGCGUCCGGAGGCGCGGGGACUACGGGCGAGCGGAGGCCGGGGAGCCGGGCUGGGCCGGCGGCCGCCCACCAGAGCCUCGGGCAGAGGCGCACUGAGCGGUGCCGCUGGGUCCCUCGCCACUCCAUCCCGGUUGCGGUGACAGCCGGGGUUCUGGGGACAGGCGCAUUGUCUGCCGCGCGGCGGGGACGUGAGCGUACCGGCCGGGUCCACCUCCUCCGGGACCCGCCGCCGGGGAGGAGCCGGCGCGAAACGCCACCCGGGAGCCUCUGAGCGCCAGCUCCGGGGCCUCUGGGUUGUUUGUCUGCUGAGCAGCUGGUUGCCGGCGCCCCUGAGCCUCCUGGCCAGCACGAGUGACAGCGAUCUCCUGGGUUUAUAGGGCUUGAAGCGCCUGAAAGCCGCCCAGCCGCCGGCCUCCCACCAUCGGGAUCUUUACCCCUUUCUUCCACCCUCCUACCCUCCCGACCCCUGCACCCAUGCCGCUGGUCCUGGGGACCUGGUGACCGAGCCUGUACCAUCAGGGUUUCCAUUCGCGUGGAAGAUACUGGAAAGCCCCUUACUCCACCCCAGGUUUGAGUUGCUAAAGGAAUUCCAGAGCCUGGCCUCUCCUUUCCUCACCCAGAGCUCAUUGCCUGAAAAGCGCCUGCCUGCCCUUGAAUGUAGUGUGAAUUUGUCGGUGUUGGUGACUGCAUUAGAUGCCCCCUUCCCCACGUCGCUCCUUGACCGUCUCCUCUCAGAUGAUGCUCUUAAGCCGGGGCUCUGGACCUCGUGUCACCAUGUAGCUCUGAACCUGCAUUGGCAGGUUCUGUGUCGUGCCGACCACCUUUGAGUUCUGUGUUGGAGGUGGGAAGGACAGUGGGACAGAGAGCCAAGCCUCUGCCAGAAGGAAGGAGGAAGUGAGACCCAGCAGGUCAUCUCCAGCUUUCCAGCCUGCCUGAGCGGCUUGGGCAAGAGAGAGGCCUGGAGCCAGGGUUAAUAACCGAUUAAUGCAGCAGCUUGUUUUGUGACUGAAGCUUCGUGAUCAGGGUGGCGUAAAUGGCUCCGCUCCCCGCUGGCAUCCGUUUCAUCAUCUCAUUCUCCCGGGAUCAGUGGUACAGAGCCUUCAUUCUCGUUCUGACAUUUUUGCUGUAUGCAAGUUUCCACCUUUCUCGAAAGCCUAUCAGCAUAGUUAAGGGUGAGCUCCACAGGUACUGUGCUGCUUUGGAUGAGAGGGACAUCGAAUUCCAUGGCCAGAGCCAGCCAGCUGGUGCCACCCCCCACCCCCUGCUCCCAGGCAACACCACCGAUUGCGGCUGGGCCCCGUUUGAUCGGGAUAACUACCAGCAGCUGCUCGGAGCCCUGGAUUACUCCUUCCUGUGUGCGUACGCUGUCGGCAUGUACCUGAGUGGCAUACUAGGCGAGCGCCUGCCCAUCCGGUGUUACCUAACCUGUGGGAUGCUGGCCAGUGGUGCCUUCACCGCUCUGUUUGGAUUAGGGUAUUUCUACAAUAUCCACAGUUUUGGGUUCUAUGUGGUAACUCAGGUCAUGAAUGGACUGGUGCAGACCACCGGCUGGCCCAGCGUCGUCACCUGCCUCGGCAACUGGUUUGGAAAAGGAAGGCGAGGUUUGAUCAUGGGGGUCUGGAAUUCGCACACCUCCGUGGGCAACAUUUUGGGGUCCUUGAUUGCUGGCUACUGGGUGUCCACGUGCUGGGGCCUGUCCUUCGUUGUGCCUGGAGUCAUCGUGGCAGCCAUGGGGAUGCUGUGCUUUCUCUUCCUCAUUGAACAUCCGAAGGACAUCGCCUGCUCUUCCACCCUGGUGGCGCAGGCGAGAGGCUCUGAGAAUGGCACGCACAGGUUCAGGUUACAGAAGCAAGUCCCGGCCGACGGGAAGACCAAGCCCCUGGACCCUGAGAUGCAGUGCUUACUCCUGUCGGAUGGAACGCGCUCUGCGCAUCAGAACCACAUCAUCGUCCUCCCGGCCGACGGUGGGGGCAUGGCCGCCAUCAGCUUCACAGGCGCCCUGAGGAUCCCCGGGGUGAUAGAGUUCUCUCUGUGUCUGCUGUUCGCAAAGCUGGUCAGCUAUACUUUCCUCUUUUGGCUUCCACUGUACAUCACCAGUGUAGAUCACCUUGAUGCCAGGAAAGCUGGGGAGCUCUCCACCCUGUUUGACGUGGGCGGCAUCUUCGGUGGGAUCCUGGCAGGUGUGAUCUCAGACCGACUGGAGAAAAGGGCCUCCACCUGCGGCCUGAUGCUGCUGCUCGCAGCCCCAACGCUCUACAUAUUCUCCACCAUCAGCAAGAUGGGUCUAGAAGCCACUGUCGCCAUGCUGCUGCUCUGCGGAGCCCUGGUCAGUGGGCCUUAUGCCCUCAUCACGACCGCCGUCUCUGCCGACCUGGGGACUCACAAAAGUCUGAAAGGAAACUCCCACGCCCUCGCCACUGUGACCGCCAUCAUUGACGGCACUGGGUCUGUAGGAGCAGCCCUGGGCCCUUUGCUGGCUGGGCUCAUCUCCCCAUCUGGAUGGAACAAUGUGUUCUACAUGUUGAUGUUUGCAGAUGCCUGUGCCUUAUUGUUCCUGAUCCGCCUCAUACACAGGGAGCUGAGCUGCCCGGGGUCGGCGACGGGGGACCAAAUGCCGUUUAAGGAGCACUGACCCCUCAAGUCCCAUGGAGGGAGGCUGGGCCUGUCCUUCACAAACUGUCUUUCAAGGAAAAAUUCAAGUAAAGGAUCCUGUGUUGAAAAGAAUAAUUUACCCUGCCUUUUGCACACACACCUGGAAAAGACACAAAGCCACCUCCAGAAUUCUGGUACAAUUUUAGAUGAGCCAUGGAGCUUGGGAUACAGUGAGAAAGUUGGCGAGACGCACUGUCUGCCGCUGCUGCUGAGCCGAGACCAGACGGCCCCAGCCAGCAGGAGCCUGGCAGACCCCCCGGCAGCUGCUCUGGGGGCCAAGCGUGGUGCUCGGAGGAGCCUCGGUCUCCCUCAGGAAUUUCAGCAGAGAAUGUUCUAGCAGGCUGAGCUCGCCAGCAGGACCCCUGGGGACACCUGGGUGUGCUGCAUGGAAGACAGGAUGCCACAGCCUCUGAAAGGGCAGAAGAAACCAGGCAAGCGGAUCAGGACCAAGAUAAGUCCUAGAGCCGCCACCUCACCUGAGGACGCUGCCAGCUCCUCCUCCCUCUGAACGGACCUGGAAGCUGAUUGUCAGGAAGUGACCAGCCGUGAUGCCGCCUAGACCUGCUUGGGUCAGAGGCCCUGAGCACCAGCCCCACAGUGGCCUGGAGGGGGCCACCAUCCCAACCCCCACGGGCCCCUGUGGGGCCCAGGAAGUGGGACUGGGAGUGAACUGGCCUCCAGUCAAGCGGUCUCCUUCUCUCCAUGACACGCCAGAUGCCUGGAACUGUCUUCAGCUACAGAGUGGACUUAUUUAUUUAAAAUGUGUACUGUUACAGAAGUUUAAGAAACAAAUGGCAUUUUGUUAUUUAUUAAGACAAAUUCCAAUGGUUCUCUGGCCACUUGUUUUCUGGGUGUUGCCUAGCAAAGUACAUAUCUGCCCUUUGAAAUAAAAUGUUUUUA